GCUCUUUUAUUAGAUUUCUUCCCAUCUUUUAUUGCCCACAAGAUGCCUUAAAAAAAGGCCAUAGGAAAAGGGCAAGAGGGAGAGUAGAGUCAAAGACAACAAGGCAAGUCACCACAGGGUCACCCAAUACCCACACCCCCCAAAUACUGGGUUUGAAUUCAAAAUCCAUGGCAGGGUGGUCGAAGAUAGCAGAUGGGUGUGCCUUAGAUUGCUUAAAACCUCUCCAAAAACUUCUAUCAGACGAGCUGUGGUUUGACCUCGGUCUGGGUUCACAAGGGUCGAUUGCAGGUGGCGACGAAGAUAAGCUUCGAUCCUUGUUCGAUCAAUUCGUAUCUAUAUUUCUUAAGGAGAUACAUUGUAGUGAUUGUUUUCGGCCUUUACCUCCAAUGCUUGGGGAUGGGCAAUCAGUGGAUUUAUUCAAACUGUUCUUGGCUGUGAGAGAAAAUGGUGGAUACGAAACUGUUUCGAAGAAUGGAUUGUGGGAUUCGGUGGCUGAGAAGUCAGGUUUCAGCACCGGUGUUGCUUCGGCUGUGAAAUUGAUCUACAUCAAGUAUUUAGAUUCACUGGAUAGAUGGUUAAAAAGAAUUGUUGAAAGUAAGGACUCAAAAAGUGAGUUGCCAGGUAGUGGCGUGGAUCUGAGUGGGUUUUUGAUGGGGUUAGAGUCAGAGUUUUCGGGUCAGAAGAAGAAAGAUGGAGAGUACCCACAUUUGGAUUUGGAGAAGAGUGAGUUGAAAGAUGGAGUGUACCCACAUUUGGAUUUGGAGAAGAGUGAGUUGAAAGAUGGAGAGUACCCACAUUUGGAUUUCACGGAUGUUGAGAAACCUUGCAGUGCUGAUGGGUUUGGGAGUUUUGUAGAGUCGAAUGGAGGCAAGGAAAGCAUCAAGGAGAACAAGGAUGAUAUGAUUUUGGAUUCACGUGUAGUUGAAGAAGAGAUUUCUAAUAAGAAGAGGAAGCGGGAUUGCGAUUGGGGAAUGCUAAAUUGGGUUAUUGAGGUUGCGAAAAACCCUUGUGAUCCACAAUUUGGAUCCUUGCCUGAAAGGUCUAAGUGGAGGUCUUAUGGGAGCAAGCAGUUGUGGAAACAGGUUUUGUUGGCUCGGGAGGCAAUGUUUUUGAAGAGACACGUUGUUCAAUGUACUGAACAUAAGGUAUAUGUCACAAACCCACAUUCGGAUUUGGAGAAGAGUGAGUUGGAUCAGAAGAAAAAAGAUGGAGAGUACCCACAUUUAGAUUUGGAGAAGAGUGAGUCGGAUUUUACGGAUGUUGGGAAACCUUGCAUUGCUGACGAGUUUCAGAGUUCCGUAGAGUUGAAUGAAGGCAAGGAAAUCAUCAAGGAGAACAAAGAUAACAUUAUUUUGGAUUCAUGUGUGAUUGAGGAAGAGAUUCCUAAUAGGAAGAGGAAGCGAGAUUGCGAUUGGGGAAUGCUAGAUUGGGUUAUCAAGGUAGCAAAAAACCCUUGUGGUUCACAAUUUGAAUCCUUGCCUGACAGGUCUAAGUGGAGGUCUUAUGGGAACGAGCAGUUGUGGAAACAGGUUUUGUUGGCUAGGGAGGCAAUGUUUUUGAAGAGACAAGCUGAUCAAAGUACUGAACAUUGGCAGAAGAACCAAAAGAUGCAUCCAUCCAUGUAUGACGAUUAUACUGGAUCCGAGAGAUCAAGGUGCAGUCAGAGGCUUCUUUCUGUUAAGGAGUAUCAAGCUCUCCUUUCUUUGAAGAAGCCUCGGGCCAGAGCUUGUUCAGAGUCUUCCUCGGGCACUUUGAGUGACUUGGAGGACAAUCUUGAGAAACAGUCCGAUCCCAUAGUCAGUUUGUACAUCGACAAUCAUAAAAGAAAGCGUAUUCCUGUUGGUCCAUUUUUUCAAGCUAAAGUACCAGAAUGGACGGGGGAGACUUAUGAAAGUGACUCUAAGUGGUUAGGUACCCAGGUGUGGCCAGUGAAAGGUGGAGAGAACAAAAAAUAUCUAAUUGAAAGGGAUCGCAUUGGGAAAGGAAGGCAAGAUUCAUGUGGCUGCCAAUUACGAGGUUCUAUUGAAUGUGUCAGAUUCCAUGUUGUUGAGAAAAGGAUGAGAGUGAAGCUUGAACUGGACUCGGCCUUCCAUAGUUGGAAAUUUAAUAAGAUGGGAGAGGAAGUUGCACUCUCCUGGACAAAGGAAGAAGAACUGAAAUUCCAGGCUAUAGUUAGGUCAAAUCCUCCAUCUAUGGAAAAGUGUUUCUGGGAUGAAAUUUUUAAGUCUUUUCGUGGCAAAAGCAGGGAAGAUUUGGUUAGCUACUACUUCAAUGUCUUUCUUCUCCAGCGUAGAGCUCAGCAGAAUAGGUCCACUCCGAGCCACAUCGACAGCGAUGAUGAUGAAUCAGAGCUUGGAUCAAUGACUAAUGGUUUUGGGCGUGAAGCAGCUAAGUCGCCAGGCUCCAUUUUGCGCACUCCUAAGAAGCCACAUUUGAAUUUCAGAUAGCAGUCGAAGGUUGGUUAGAAUUAAGGAUUUUUGCUUAGAAAUGUGAAGUGCUGCGGUUCUAUCUGGUGGUAUUUCAGUUCAUCAAUUAACAGCGGAGAUAGUGCAACAACCUUAAGGUUUUGAUACCAUCACGAGUGACUGUGGAAGCAUUUGAUCAUAGAGGCCUUGGCAAACUCCGAUCUGGUCUAGUGUAUUUGGUUCGUGUUUUUCCGGUUUUGAAGCUAUAAUUUCAUUAAUGCCCAUUCAUCAUGAUUACCAACAUGCAAGGGCUGCUAUUUCAUUUUAUACUGUUAUUUUUCUUUUUUCACUGGGUUACAUGAUGAACGAGGAGGCUGGCCCCCUUCCAGUAGCCUUGGGAUUAUUAUAUAGAGAAAAGCCGAAAGGUUUAACGGAGGGAAGGGGAAUAGAAAGAGAGGUAUUGUGACAUUUGAAGUGUUGCAACUCUUCCUUCUGAAAAAAAAGGGUGUAUUCACUUGCAAUUAUGAGGAUCUUUAAACAUGGUUUGAGAGAAUUUCUUUUGCCUGAAGCAUUUUCAUA